AUGUUGCGGUUGGUGGCAGCUUGCCCUGAGUCAUGUGUGGUGUGCACCAAAGAUGUAACCCUCUGUCACCAGCUAACCUAUAUAGUAGCAGCCCCUAUGACCACGAGGGUUUUAAUCAUCACCGAUGGAUAUCUCUCCUCUAUUGAGAGCACAAACCUGUCUCUCUUGUUUAAUCUUGCCCUGCUCUCCCUAAGCAGAAAUGGUAUCGAGGAUGUUCAGGAAGAUGCCCUGCAUGGCCUUACGAUGUUGCGGACCUUGUUGCUGGAGCACAACCAAAUAUCCAGCUCUUCGCUCACUGAUCACACCUUCAGCAAGCUUCACAGCCUGCAGGUGCUGGUGCUGAGCAAUAAUGCUCUCCGCACCCUACAAGGGUCUUGGUUCCGAAACACAAGCGGCCUGACCCGGCUCCAGCUGGAUGGGAAUCAGAUUACUAAUCUCACAGACAGUUCUUUCGGAGGCACGAAUCUCCACAGUCUCAGGUAUCUGGAUUUAUCCAACAAUUUUAUUUCCUACAUUGGGAAAGAUGCCUUCCGGCCCCUGCCUCAACUACAGGAAGUGGACCUUUCCCGAAAUAGGUUAGCCCACAUGCCGGAUGUGUUUACUCCACUGAAGCAGUUAAUCCUUCUGAGCUUAGAUAAGAACCAGUGGAGCUGCACUUGUGAUCUCCAUCCCCUUGCUCGGUUUUUAAGAAACUACAUUAAGUCUUCUGCUCACACGCUCAGGAAUGCCAAGGACCUAAAUUGCCAGCCAUCUACCGCAGCUGUGGCAGCUGCACAGAGUGUGCUGAGGCUGUCUGAGACCAACUGUGAUUCCAAAGCUCCCAACUUCACUCUGGUUCUAAAGGACAGAAGUCCCCUCCUCCCAGGGCCAGAUGUGGCCCUGCUGACUGUCCUUGGCUUCGCAGGAGCUGUUGGUCUCACUUGUCUAGGUUUAGUUGUAUUUAACUGGAAACUCCAACAAGGCAAAGCAAAUGAACACACAUCAGAAAACCUUUGUUGCAGAACCUUCGAUGAACCCCUGUGUGCUCAUGAGGCAAGAAAUUACCACACUAAGGGAUACUGCAACUGCCACUUAACUCAGGAAAACGAGAUAAAGGUCAUGUCCAUUGUGGGGUCCAGAAAGGAAAUGCCACUUUUACAGGAAAAUAGCCAUCAAGCAACAACGGCCUCUGAGUCUGCAACCCUUGACGGAUCAUUUAGAAACCUGAAAAAGAAAAACCAUGGGGUAGGCAGCACUUUAUUUUGCCAGGAUGGUAGAUUACUGCAUUCGGAAUGUUCAGAGCCUCCUGGAAAUACGACAGCUUUUAAUGAAGCAGGCUUACUUACAACAUAUAAUCCAAGGAAAGUUCAAAAGCUAUGGAAUCUUGAGCCUGGAGAAGUCCAGCCUCAAACUCUGCAACACCAUAUAAUAAGAACAGAAGAUAUCAGCAGUGACAUAUUUAGAAGAAGAUAUGCAACACCCGCUUCAGCCUUGGCAGGAGAAAGUCUUGAGAAGCAUUUAACAAAUGAAUCAUGGCAGCCUCCAAUAGAAAAAGAAGACAAUGGCUUACACCCUCAUAGGCAAAGACAUUUUAUUACAAGCUCAUCAUCCAAGCCUUGUGAGCCUGAGGAACACUAUGUACAAAAGAUCGUACAAAAACAUAGAUCAAAAUAUGAUGAUCCUUGUGGACUGUUAAAACAGAGCAAACCUAGGUAUUUUCAGCCAAACAAUUCUCUCAUCUGUAAAUAUGUGCCCUGUGAGCAAUUUGAAGAUUACAUGAAAGAAAAGAAGCCAAAUCGUAGACAACACUCAAAGCCUGAGAAAGAGCAAAUCCAAAUUAACAGUGCAAUAGAAAAAUUUCUUAUGAGUGAGGACAACAUAGAUUUAUCAGGAUUAUCAACAAAAACCAAGAAAGCAUAUUCCCCAAAGAGGGUUAGCUUCCAUGAUCCUGAUUUAGUAGAAAUAAAUAGGUCGAUGAUGUCACCCAAAAUAUCAACCCCUUGGAAACGACAGAAAAAUCAAAGUAACCAACUGACUAAGUUGGAUGUUAAAAAAUUUAGCAACACUGGGGAGAGAAACAAAGGAGAAAAAUGGUUUACUAAUUCAUGGGUUCUGAAAAGGAAAAGAACCCCUCAGUCUGACCUCAAAGGGAAAAUUAAAGGACAAAAGUUAAAAUUAAAUUUACAUCCUUUUAGAAAAGUCAGAGUCCAUCCAGAAAAAUCCUUGUCAGGUCUCCCAAAGCAAUGCAAGCAGGUAUUGUUGCCUCCUAAGAAAUUAUCCAAAACUUCUGAGACAAAAGCCAAAAUGAAUACUGUGUCUUCUGCAGAUUUUCUUCAACAGUCAGAGAGUAGCAACUAUGUUAGACUCACUUCAAAGAGGCUGCCUCUGAAACAUGACUCAAAGCAGACCCCAUAUUACCAACGAAACACUAAACGUGCCCCCCUGCUCAGUGCUAACAACUUGUCUGUAGUCAACCAGAGCUCUAUAGAAAGCAGCUGUUACUCAGCUGGCCAAAUUCCUGAUGGAAACACAUCAAAAUUGCCUCAACCUACACCCACUGAUGCUGAGCACAGGCACUCACAUUCUCAAUUCUCAGCUGAGCAAAUGGAAGAUGCAACUCAGCUUGAAUCAAAAGUGCUUAGUUAUUUACCAACUACUUGGGAAAAUACAGGAAGUGAUGUUUUACCAUUCCAACAUUCCAGGGGGGCUACUGACCAAGGGACAACGGAGUCCACUGAGCACAUGGGACAGAAUGUAUCAAAGACCAGUGAGUUAAAUCAGUUUUCUUUGUCCCCGAGGAAUCAAACACAACUUUUAGAUGCUCACAAGACUGACAGCUACAACAAGGAAUACACUUUAGACCAAAAUGAAGCCUUACAACACAGAGAGCAAAAUUCAAGUCAUGCACAGCUUGAAAAUAAAGAAAAAACAUUAAUGACAAAACCCCAAAUACCACAUCAAAUUGUGGAAGAUUGUAUUAUGGAUAAGGAAGAAAAUGAUGUAGAAAAAAAACUUUCAAAAACAGAAACUUAUGAUUCCUCUCUCAUUCCCCAAACACAAUCCAAGAACAACCUAUCAUUUAUGAAGACAAAUUCAAUUCCAUACCAAAAUAGAAUAGAACUUCCCAAGGAUAUCAGUACUUCUCCUGUUAGUAGUCAAGCCGUUUGGCACCUAACCAAUAGUAGCGAAAAAGGAAUUGACAGCACAAAUGCAUUGCCCAGAAAUGACGGCACUGAAGCACUAGAGAUAAAAAUAGUAGAGAAAGAAGAGAAAAAUAUGCUUGAUGAAAGCAAGACAGAUUCUAGUAUGUUAAUUCAGAUCUCACAAAUGACCUUAAAAGGCAUCACAAAAGAAAGGCAGCAAACUUGGGAAAAUGGAACAAGUGAAAAACAUAUAUUACAUGAUGCAAGCUCUGCCGAGGAGACCAUUACAGCUAAAGAUUUAAGUAUCACAAGUUCCCAUGAAACCCAAAAUAGAAUACUUUGCAGUGAAGUAGAUCCUGAAAUUAACAGUAAUGUACAUAAUUUUAGAGAAGUUCAAAAUAUUCAACCAGAUAAAGAUAGUGCACAUAAAGAAGGCGCAAUGACAGUGGAGACACAUGAAGCGCUUUCCUUCUUACCAGGGUUAAAAGACAGUUUUGAGGCAGAAAAUGAGGUGUUUUUAGUUCCUAGCAGAAUAAAUGAAGCUGAAAAUUCUGCUCCAAAACCUGUACUGUAUCCACCAUCUGCUGAAUAUGCUACUACAUCACCUUUAGAAACAGAAUAAAGUGAACAAAAUAACUCAAAUAAUAAUUCUUUUCUACUUUAGCUUUCUUCAAGAGGACAAACACCCACUAGCCUUUGCAUGCAUUACGAGUGCAUCAUUUUGGAGGACAACAACGUCCUCAGUAACUCUUUGUUAUCAAUAAAAUAAAACCAAAGAGUUGAAUAUAUGACAAAAAUCAAAGAUGGAGUCAUAGGAUACGUCUGACACAAUUAACUGAGUAUGCUUCUCUAAGGAAUGAAAAAACAAGUAAGAAAAGUUUUGCCAAGUCUUGCAAAAGGAAGCAAACAUUGAAAAAAAAAAAGCCUUAAACAAAUGAAAAACUGCAUAAGAAGAGUAUUUGAGCAGAUUUACAUUUGAUGUUUAUUUUAUGUAAAUUAUUAUACACAUCUCAAUUAGUGGUAUUACAAUAUUGCUUUCUACAUGGAUAAUUAUAUAUUCAUAUUUGUGUUUGAUCUGUUUUCCUAAUUAUAGUAUGAAAAUAAAAAUUCAGCUUUGUUAACUGUA